AUGCAAGCUCGACGCAAAUCCUCGUCCUCCUCGCUCCCCUUACCGUCCUCGCCUCCCUCUGUCUUGCACGCCGAGGCCGAUCCGAACUACUCUCCGGACGCUCGUGGCGCGCCAUCUCCGGCACAGACUCUGUGGACUUGUCCCUCGCCGACUCAGACCCUUGGGUACUCGAGCCCGGAGCUUCCUCCACUUGCUUCGCUAUCUGCCGUAGGAAAUCUCCCGCGGACGCCCUCCACUGUUGCAAGACACGAGCGCACCGAUAGCACAUCGUACUUCACCGCUAGCUGGGGAAGCCCCUAUAGACAUCCACCUCCGUCCUUCAAUCGCGGUCGUAUCGUAUCAACUAAUCUCGGGAGCGACGAUCUAGACGACUCGACCCAUCUCGAAUUCGGCCUUGAGCAUUUGCUUCCGCGCCCAUUAGAAGAGGAUAAUUCUCCGAAUCGAUUCAACCUUGAGCACCUUCUUCCUGAUCAUCUAGAGCAGGACGAACCCUCAAGCCAGUUCAACCUCGAACACUUAAUUCCAUCCCGACUCCCUUCAAUCCUCGACACACCAACACGUUCAGGGUCUAAUUCCAAUCCCGCUACACAAUCACUCGACCAGAGUCCAUCCGAAGCGUGGGUUCGCCAGUUCUUAGACCGUCGUUGGAAUCGAGAAACGAGCAAUUGGGUCAGUGACAGUGAGACAGAUCGUAGUGUCAGUGAGGAAAAACCGGUGAUCGAACAAAGCAAGAAGAAAGGACACCCGUCGAGGAAGAACAACAAGACCCUGAAUCAGCAGGAUUUCUGGUCGCACUUUAGCGAGGGUCAAAAGGAAGAACUCGGCAAGAUGAUGGCAUCAAGGUACGCCAACCCGGACACGCACUCACGGCAAGGGUCCGGGGGCAGUUUAAGAUCGCAAAUGGGCCGCAGUUCGAACGUAGAAAGGACUGCUGCAGCACCGAGCGUGUCGAGUCCAGUAGAGGCACCUAAGCCUUCCGAAGCCCCAGCGAAACCGGCAGCACCCGCCGCAGAGCAAGUUUAUGCCCCUCGCCCACGCAAGAAGGUUUUGGUCAAGGGAAAGGGGUGCAUCAUUUCAAUCGCGAGAGAUGUUCCUCGCGGCACCCCGGGCUACCCACCGAAACCAAUGACGGAGGCUGCUGUUAGGGAGAAGAUGCAGCAAUUCGAACGCGCAGGAUAUGAUACGAGGGGAUUCGGACAUCGACAAGGCGAUGAUACUAUUGAGGCAACUGCUUUGUCUCAGAACCGAGGCAUCUGGCCAAGCGAUGAGUACAUUCGAACAGAGCGACUCCAAGGCCACCGUGUGCGGGUACCGAACAAGGCGGAUUGGGACGCGUAUGUCAACCAUCUCACAGAAGCGAAGCUCGCAGCUCUAGGUGUGAGCUUAGGUGGAGAUGAUGAGGAUCUAUCUGCAUCAAGAACCGCUUCUGCCGCGCAAAUCGCCCUCCCCUUCUCGCCCCCUCUUCCCACCUCUUCCGCGGGAAGCCACCGAAUCCAACGACAAGGGAGCAUCGUUUCUGGUUCGUUCCCACUCGGCCCUUCGCCUGGUCACGUCUCCCGACAAUCGAUGGCGUCGCCCAUGUCGGCGUUCGGUCCUGGGCGCCCAAGCAUGCACAUGCACAGGCAUUCGACUUUCUCUCCCGCCAGCUUCAUGCAGCAAGCAACUUCACCGCUUAACGGUUCAUGGUCUCCGAACAAUUAUUUCGGUGUUCAGGGUGCACGAGGCGGAUCGCCUGCUCUGCCGCUGAGUAGGCCAGAUCUUGCCGAUAUUGUUUCACCCAGCUCUCCAUUUGGCAUGCGACCCAACCAGCAAUUCCCCCUCACACCCUCGCAGAAGGAUGAUUUGUUGGCUCACAUGCAGGCUCAGCAACAGCAGUUGCAGGCCCAGUUGAUGAACCAUCAGCAGCAACAAGUUCUUGGCAUGCGGCCAUCCUCGACACUUGCCGAAGUUCCUGAGGACGAGGCUGAAGAGGAGGAGGCACCACGACAGAUGACACCACCCCUGAAGCACGCCACCCAGCCUGGCCCAGAGAUUACCAUCCCCACUCCCCGCGGCCAUCGCCAUAACAUUAGCGCAAAUCUUGAGCGUGAGGCACGGGAUGCCGAGUACCACCUGGAGGAGGUAAUUGACAAGCAGUUCAACGAAGGGGGAGAUUUCAGCACUGAGCCUGAAAACGCGCAGGAUUUCAAGCCCUUCAACCCCGUCAACAAACCACACUGGGACACAGUCUUACACCAACCCCAGCCGCACAACAGAGCACACUCUCUUGCAAAACCUUCGCAGAGCAGUCCUUUCAAUUUCGCACCCCAAGAGAACCCACGUGGAGACAGCGAUGGCGCAAAGACAAACAUCUCCGAUGUCACGAACCCAAGUUUGGAGGAUGGAGAGCUUCACGAAGCCUCAAAUGCCUCAACUCAACACUCCAAGGCACCUUCGCAGGUCAGCAACUCGUGGAAGGAUCCCAAGUUCGCUUUUGGAAAGCCAGGAUCGGCGAUGCACAGCAAGCAUACAUCUCAGUCGUCCGUUUCGAAGUUCAAUGUGGAGGCAAAGGAGUUCAAGUUCAAUCCUUCGGCCUCUUUCAACCCCACGGCUUCGUUCAGCCCGUCCGUUUCAUCCAACUUCUCCUUCUCGCCGGCGCUCAACUCAACUGGCUUCGAUGCCUCGCAGAGCAACAGGACCAGCCUGGAUGGCAUGUCCGGCUUCAAUGUCACUGCACCAUCCUUCAAGCCUGAUGCACCAGCAUUCAAACCCGAUGCGCCAGCCUUCAAACCUGAUGUGCCGGCUUUCAAACCAGAUCCCACUCUUAGCGGCAAUGCCAUGCCUUCAAGUGGCUUCAACUUUGCCUCGAAAGGACCAUCAUUCAAGCCCGACGCACCGGUCUUCAAUCCCGGUAGUUCCAGCUUCCAACCAGCGCUGCCCAAUUCACCACCCACAGUCAUUUCUUCGAAGAUCUUUGGUAACGUUAGCAUCUCGGCCAACGAUAUCAUCAAGCCUGCCAAACGUUCGAAGGCGGUGCCGAUCAUUCGCCCUGACACUACCAGGCAGAAGACCCCAGAGGUGGAGGAAGAAGUUCAUGAAGAUGAGGCAGGGCGAAUUACCAACGCUGAUGGAAGAGAGAAGCGUGCUCGACGCGGUCGUGCCGACGGAGACGAAGUGCCCAAGUUUGCUCUACAGCCGGUACUGCCGUCGCAGCCAAUGUCCGAAGCAAGGUCUCCUCAGACUAACAAGCAGGAGAUCCAGGCUGACCGCGAGGUACUACCAGAAGACAAGGAGAAUCUGUCACCCAAUGCCGAAGAUGCGCCUGCUAAAUCAAAGACUCCUGAAUCAUUGCCUCUUGCCGAAGCCGAGGCUGUUGAGGACCUUGUAUCGUCCCCCGAAAGUGAUGCGGUUACACCGACAGUCGAAGAAGCGCCCAAGCCUUUCGGCAAGACUCACAAGCACAAGAGCUCGCUGUCGGCUGCCGCGAAGCCCUUCGAGUUCCGCCCUCAGAACAGCUACGAUCUUGGUAUUCACGUCACGAAACCAUCCGUCUCGCAGAACGAGGAAUUGGAUGUCCACUCCAGCCCUGCUCGAAACGCAAGCCGUAGCCCGGCUACCACUUUCCGACCAAGCGACGAUGGAUCGUUCAAGACUGCUUUGGAAUCUCGUAGGCACGUGCAAUAUCCUGAGAGCGAGAGUGUGGACUUCGACCAGCUUGGCCAAGCAUCUUUCAACGAUAUCGACGCCGUUAUGAAGCAUAUGAAUGAAGAAGGAUCCGACUUUGGUGUGGAACGCGAUGAACCUGCAUGGGAGCCAUCAUCACCGAGGCUUUCUACUCAUGACUUUGAACGCAACGACCUACCGCCAACUACCAACCUGCGAAGCGACGCGCCCAGCCCCAGCCCACGGAGGCUCUACGUUCCUCCCAACAUGCACGCAUCAUCGACUUCGAUCAUCACUCAAGACCCCUUCGACGACGAGCGCGCUGGCCUUGCUUAUGAGUCGCCUGUGCAUCGCUUGAAUAAUGCUGACGAGGUUCCUAUGAGCGACUGGGAUGAAGGUCUCUUGUCUGAAGGCGAAGACAAGAUCCAAACUCGAAGUCGAUUCUUUGACAGCCAUGUGGACGACAUCAUCGGUCGUCUUUUGCAAAACCGCUUGGGCCCUCUCGAGCAGAACUUGCAAGUCAUUCAAGACUCCAUUUCUAUGAUAUCGCAAAGUUCUGUACGUGGCCGACGCAGCAUGUCUACGAAUGAGCGUCUCGAUAGUGAUGCAGAUGACGAGGACGAUGAGUUCGGUACCGAUUCUCACUUCCGCAAUCGAUCUCCUAGGAAGGACAGGAAGAUGGAGAAGAUUAGGUCCAUCAUCAAGGAAGCUCUCGAGGCUAACCAGCCAUCCAUCACAUCUCUUCCGGUCCCCGUUCCGGAGCCGAUACUGCCAGAGCGUAUCCGUGAUAUUGUUGCGGACGCUCUUGUAGCCCACCAAGAACAGUCUCGAUCAUCCGAACAGGCUCAGUCUGAAAACAUCCGCGACAUCAUCACGGAAGCACUUGCUCACCAUCAACCACCAGCUCCUGCGGUCGCACCUGUUACUAAUGAUGACAUUCGAUCAAUUGUUGCGGAGGCACUGGCUGCGCAGGAACCCAAGCAGACAGCCGAUAUUCUCCAGCCUGAGGACAUUCGUGCCACUAUCAUGGAGGCUUUCGCAACACAUGUCCCGCCCCAGGCUCCCGCUCCAGUACCUGAGCAAAUCUGGCCAGACGAUAUCCGCGCCAUCGUCACAGAGGCAAUCGCAGCCCAACAAGCACAAGCCCCUGCUCCAAUUCCGGAGAUCGUUCAGCCGGAUGAGAUCCGUGCUAUUGUUGCAGAAGCUUUGGCUUCUCAGAAACCAGCUCAAGCGCUCGAGGCUCCAGUUGACAUCCCUCAACCUCAGGUUGACUUGUCAGAGAUCUACCAGGUCAUUGGCAGCUUGAAGGCCUCCAUCGCUCAGACCACCAGCCAUAAUCUCCAGGCUGAUGAAGUUCGCGAGCUCAUCGACGAUGCCUUCAAGCGUCAAGACAUGCAAGUGGCAACACGAGAGGAGUCGCAGGCUAUCCAGGAGAAAGAUGCACGGAUUGCCGAGCUUGAGCGUAUGCUAGAAGAAACAUCCGGACGCCUCGCAGAAGAGGUCGAGGUUCGCCAAGCUCUGGAAGGCCGCGAGGCUGAUUCUGCCCGGUUGUUGAAGGUCACAGAAGAAGAGCUUCUCCUGCUUCGCGAGGCCGCAAGUGAUGAUGAGCACAAGAUCCGUGCUCUCAGAGAUGAAGCAGAAGAUGCCCGCCGAAGUCUUGACACACUGAACACAGGCGACGAGGAACUCCGCAACAAGCUGAUCGCGUUGGAAGUCGAGAAUGAUGAACUCAAGCUCAAAGCCGUGGCUUUUGAAAGCUCGGAGGAGGACAUCAAGCAAAGACUCAAUGCUGUCACUGCCGAGAACGAGGCACUCAGCUUCACUCUCGAGGAGCAUCGCCUAUCUGCCGACAAAUGGAGGAACGAUCUCAAGCAGGCCCAUGAAGAAACUGAGAACAUGCGUAAAGCUGUUGAUACUUCUCGCCUUCAGGCUGAAGAAGCGGCACGCAUUCGUGAAGCGAUGCGAUCCAAGUUCGAGAAACUUCAGCAAGAUAUGAUCGUUGCUUCUGGACAAGCCGGUGCUGAGCGUGUGCAAUGGCAGAAGAGUGACGAGGAGCACAUGAAGAGGUAUGAGAUUCUGAGCGCAAGGAUCGAGGCUGAGGGCCGAACCCGCGAGCGAUUGGAGCGUGAGCUUGAGAGACUCGAGACUCAAGAGCGAGAGGGUAUGAAGCUGAGGAUCACUCUCGAGCAGUCCCAGAAGCACAAUGCCAGGCUCGAAGAGACUCUUGAGCAGCUCAAGCACGAGAGCAUGGAGCACCAGCGAGCGGCUGAGCGUUACGAGCGAGAGUUCAGGGAAGCCCGGGAAGCUGCACAUGUUGAGAUCAGACGCACUCGCGUGCUCAUGGAGGCGGACCUCGAUGCCGCCAACAACCAAGUCAACAUUGUCAGGGCCGAGCUUGAAAGCGAGAUUUCCCGCGUCCGUAGCGAGCUCGACAACGUCCGUAUGGAUGCCGACCAUCUCAAAGCCAAGCACGAGCUCGACCUCGAGGCUGCAUCUGAUGCUAAGAAGCAUGCCGUGGACGAGGCUCUCGAAAAGCAGGAGCUUGUAUUCCGCGAACAGCAGCAGGCUUUCGAACGCCGCAUGGACAGGCUCACCCAAGAGCAUUCGCGGGCGCUUGAGAUUGCUCAUGAAGAUAUGCAGCGCGCCGAGGCCUACGGACAGGACCGAUUGUCUCUCGCCGACAGCAAGAUGGAACAUCUCAAAGACAAGGUCUCUCUCCUCGAAGAGAGACUCUCCAUCGCCAAGGAGGCCGCAAGUGCCGCUGCGGCUGCUGCUCAGUCUGUGAAGUCGCCAACUUUCGCAGGACCUACCUCCUCGUUCAGCUCUGGAGGACCAGAGAAGAUCUCCGCGCAGGCGUUGCGGGAAUCCAUUGCUGUGCUCCAGGAGCAACUCCAAGAGCGAGAGUCACGCAUUGAGUCUUUGGAGCACCAGAUCGAGGAAGUCGAUACUGAUGCCCCAAACAAGUUGAAGGAGCGCGACACUGAGAUCGGUUGGCUCCGUGAGCUUCUUGGAGUGCGCAUCGAUGAUCUGAAUGAUCUCAUCGACUCCUUGGCUCAGCCAACCUUCGAUCGUGAGACUGUUCGUGACGCGGCGAUCCGCAUUCGAACGAAUUUGCAGAUGGAGCAGCAUGAGAAGGAACGUCUGAUCACUGGUGGUCAGUCAUUCCCAACGCUCUCCACCCUGUCCAACUUCGCGUCGCCCAAGGCAGUUCAGCUCGCUGCAGCAUUCGGCAACUGGCGAAAGGGUCGUGAAAAUGCUUCCAGUGCAUUGGCUGGCUCGGGCAACAACUCUCGCAACCAAACCCCAUCCCGCACAGCUCCUGGCCCGGCCCAGUCCUUCCUCUCCGGCCUCAUGACUCCACCAACCUCGAAUCUUCGACGAACACCCGAUCUCCCUUCCUCAACCGCACGCCCCCAGAGCCUACGAACGAACUCGAACAGCUCGCGGGGCUCUAAUGCUGGCUUCGCCGUCCUGGGUAAACAGCCCAUUCCUAGCACCCCACCGCUAUUGAGGAAGGCUAGCUACGACCAGGACGCCGAGGAUGGCCACUUCAGCGAGAGCGGUUUCUACGAUGACGAGAGCACGGUUGAUGGAGACAUCACGCCCAUCGGUCUGAACUUCGGUACCGAGCUGAGGCGAUAA